AAAAUAAUUGUCUUGUUUGUCAUCCUUGGCAGGUGGAAGAGGGAUAGCAGUGGCAAUAAAAUAGCUCACCCAGUUACUGGAAAAAAUGUCCUGCAAUUUGUAGCUAUCAAGAGGAGAGAUUGUGGGGAAUGGGCCAUUCCAGGGGGAAUGGUAGAUCCAGGAGAGAAGAUUAGCGCUACACUUAAGCGAGAAUUUGGAGAAGAGGCCCUGAAUUCCUUACGGAAAUCACCUAAAGAAAAAGAAGAGCUAGAAAAGCAACUACACAGACUAUUCGGCCAGGAACCCUUUGUGGUGUACAGAGGAUACGUGGAUGACCCUCGUAACACUGAUAAUGCUUGGAUGGAGACAGAAGCUGUGAACUAUCAUGAUGAAUCUG